AUGAAGCAACGCUGAAGGGAAUUGAUGGAAGUAAUGCCCUGGUCCUGCCAGCGAAAAAAGCAAAGAAGAAAAAAGCAGCGUGUGUCGUGCAACAGCAGAAGAAACCCCUGAGCAAGAAACAGAAGAAAAACCUGCAGAAAGUUUUAGAGCAGAAGGAAAAGAAAAAACAGCGAGCUGAGUGGCUGAGCAAGCUGAAUGAAGUGCAGGCAUCCGAGGCAGAAAUGAAACUGCUGUACACUACUUCCAAACUGGGUAUUGGGGAGCGCAUGUAUCAGACUAAAAGGCUGUUACAGGAGCCCGCGACUGCUGUGCCUGAGAAGAUCAGGAGCAUCAGUGGUGCCAACAAGAGACGACACAGCUCUGAUUCAGAAUUGGAGCCUGAGGAGGCACCCAGCAGCUCUGAGGAGGAGAAGGAAGAGCAGAAACAAGAAGUUGAAAAGUCCUCAGGCAGUGAUUUGAAUACUGCUGAAAAGCCAGAGGAGGGCGUGAAGGCGGCAGAGGCUGACCGGCCGCCAGCUGCUCCUGGUGUGCCGGUUCACCAGACGGCCUCCAACAAACCAUCCUGCAAGCCUGCGGUCUUCAUUCCAGUGGACAGGUCUCCUGAGAUUCAGGAAGCAAGACUGAAGCUUCCAAUCCUUGCGGAAGAGCAAGUCAUCAUGGAAGCCAUUAGUGAGAAUCCCAUCGUGAUCAUAUGUGGAGAGACGGGAAGCGGUAAAACCACACAAGUACCUCAGUUUCUCUACGAAGCUGGCUAUGCCAGUUCAAAUGGUGCUAUUGGGAUCACCGAGCCUCGGCGUGUGGCUGCAGUGUCCAUGUCCCAGCGAGUCGCUAAGGAAAUGAACUUGUCACACAGGGUGGUUUCCUAUCAAAUCCGGUAUGAAGGCAAUGUUACAGAUGAAACACAAAUCAAGUUCAUGACGGAUGGUGUGCUGCUGAAAGAAGUUCAGAAGGACUUUCUGCUUUCAAAGUACAAAGUCAUUAUUAUUGAUGAAGCCCAUGAAAGGAGUAUGUACACAGAUAUCUUGAUCGGCCUCUUGUCUCGCAUCGUGCCUCUUCGUGAAAAGAAAGAGGGCCUGCCGCUGAAGCUGCUCGUCAUGUCGGCUACCCUCCGGGUGGAAGAUUUCACUGAUAACACCAGGCUGUUUUCGGUCACACCUCCUGUUAUUCAGGUAGAUGCAAGGCAAUUCCCUGUAACCGUUCAUUUUAACAAGAAAACCCCCCUGGAUGACUAUAGUGGGGAGUGCUUCAGAAAGGUGUGUAAAAUCCAUCGAAUGUUGCCCUCAGGUGGGAUUUUGGUGUUUUUAACCGGCCAGGCAGAAGUUCACUCUCUGUGUAGAAGGUUAAGGAAAGCCUUUCCAUUCCAAAAAAACAACACAGCAGGGGGAGAUGAUGACAAAGAAGAAUCAGUGGAAGAAAUCAGAAAAUUUAAGAAAUCGAGGAAGCAGAGGAAAGUUAUGACACUCCCCAAAAUUGACCUGGACAAUUACUCUGUUGUACCGGUGGAUGAAGGAGAUGAAGACAGAGACGCUGACACUGAUGAUGAUAUGGCAGGGUCUGAUACUGACCUUGAUUUAGGAGACGGAGACUCCGAAGAAGAUGAGAAAUCCGAUGCGUCCCUUCCGCUCUAUGUGCUCCCGCUGUAUUCUUUGCUAGCACCAGAGAAGCAAGCAAAGGUAUUCAGGGCUCCUCCUCCCGGCACCAGACUGUGUGUUGUAGCCACCAAUGUGGCCGAAACAUCGCUUACCAUCCCGGGCAUCAAAUACGUGGUUGACUGUGGAAAGGUCAAGAAACGUUUCUACGACAAAAUUACCGGGGUUUCGUCUUUCAGAGUCACCUGGAUAUCUCAGGCCUCAGCGAACCAGCGGGCGGGGCGGGCUGGCCGGACGGAACCCGGGCACUGUUACAGGUUAUACUCUUCAGCAGUCUUCAUGGACUUUGAGAAAUUUUCUGCUCCAGAAAUUACAAAGCGACCAGUAGAAGACUUGAUUCUGCAAAUGAAGGCAUUAAAUAUAGAAAAGGUAAUCAACUUCCCAUUCCCAACACCACCUCCAACAGAAGCACUUGCAGCAGCUGAGGAGCUGCUGAUAGCCCUGGGUGCCUUGAAGGAGCCCCCUGUGACAGGAAGGCUGAAGCAGCAGUUGGCAGCGAAGCUGAGUUGCCCUAUUAGUCCCCUGGGCAGAAUAAUGGCCACUUUUCCUGUAGCCCCCCGCUACGCGAAGAUGCUGGCGUUGAGCAGGCAGCACGACUGCCUGCCGUACACCAUCGUCGUGGCUGCCAUGACCGUCCGGGAGCUUUUUGAAGAGUUUGACAGGCCAGCAGUAAAUGAGGAAGAGACGGAAAAACUGAAGGGGAGGAAAGCAAGGCUUCUGCAGAUGCAGAGGAUCUGGGCUGGGCAGGGGCCGAUGCAAAAGCUAGGAGACCUCAUGGUGAUGUUAGGAGCGGUGGGGGCCUGUGAAUAUGCUGGGUGUACCCGUAAAUUCUGUGACGAAAAUGGGCUCCGAUACAAAGCCAUGCUGGAAAUCAGGCGCUUGAGAGGGCAGCUGACAACAGCAGUGAACUCGGUCUGCACUGAUGCUGGUCUCUAUGUUGAUCCAAAGAUGAAGCCCCCGACAGAAGCUCAAGCAACUUACUUGAGGCAGAUUGUGCUGGCAGGGCUGGGGGAUCACGUUGCCCGAAAGGUUCAGGCAGAAGAGCUCCUGGAUGACAAGUGGAAAAAUGCCUACAAGACUGCUCUCCUGGACGACCCAGUGUUCAUCCAUCCAAGCUCAGUCCUCUUCAAACAACUCCCAGAGUUCGUGGUGUAUCAAGAAAUCGUUGAGACUACAAAACUCUAUAUGAGAGGUGUGUCCGCAGUCGAACCCGAGUGGAUUCCUGCCCUGUUGCCGCCGUACUGCCACUUUGGGAAGCCUCUGGAAAAUCCUCCGCCAUCUUACUGCCCCGAAACAGGCCGAAUUCGGUGCCACAGACCAAGUGUCUUUUACCGAGUUAGCUGGGAGCUCCCCGCUGUGGAAGUUGAUUACCCAGAAGGUAUUGAUCGCUACAAAUAUUUUGCCAGGUUCCUGCUUGAAGGAAAGGUCAUUGAAAAGUUGAGUCCUUACAGCCGCUGUCUGCUGUCCAGUCCCCUCAUAAUGCUGAAGACAUGGUCCAAGCUUCAGCCCAGGACAGAAUCCCUCCUGCAGGCUCUGGUUGCAGAAAAUUGUGACAAUCGCGAUGCUUUACUGGCUGCAUGGAAGAAAAAUCCUAAAUAUUUGCUCGCAGCCUAUUGCCAGUGGAUCCCCGAAGCGAUGCAUGAUGAUGUAGCCAAGAAGUGGCCACCAGUAGCACCGUGA